AUGUCAUCACUCCAACUUCUAGAAUGUCCUUUGUGCGGCAAGGGCGGUUUCAAGGACCAUGUCGCUGUCGCUCGACAUAUGAGCCAACCUCGCUCUGGCUGCAAUACUUGGCUGCAGAAUCUGAUAUGCUUGGAUGAACCGAAUAAUCCCAUGAAUAUGGACAAGUCAGACGACAGAGUAAAUAAUUCUGACAUGGAGUCCGGUGGUUUUGAAAAUUGGGAUGAGGUGUUCCAAGGGAGUAGAAUGGAGGACCAGGUUCAUGACGAGCGAACACCAACUCGCGAUUUGGAAGUUAUGGACUCAUAUCCUGACUGUGCACAAUCAUACAGCAGGGGCUACACGUUCCUGGACUUAUUCAAUAUGGACGAGAACAGCAAACACUGUGUUAUGAAUCCAUAUUAUCCUUUCAGUGGCCAGAGAGACUGGGAGGUUGGGUCAUGGUUGCUUCGCUCAGGGUUAAGCAUGGGGAAGAUAGAUAGUUUCCUUUCACUCGAGAUGAUAAAGACCCUUCCAUUGUCGUUCAGUUCAGCCAAGGAACUAUGCAGCAGAGCGGAAAUGUUACCCAGUGGUCCACGCUGGAUGUCUCAAACAAUACCUACAAUGCAUCCCACGAAAUCGCCUGUUGUCUUGUAUUGGCGUGAUCCCUUAGAUUGUGUUUCAAGUCUUCUCAACCACCCUGCCUUUCAUGAUGAGCUAGACUUUACACCUCGCAGGGUGUAUACCACUGCGCAGCGGCUGUGCCGUGUAUAUUCGGAAUGGAUGACCAGCGAUGACACGUGGAAUAUGCAGUCAGCCCUACCAAGAGGUGCAACACUCCUCGGGACCAUUUUAUCUUCUGACAAGACGAAUAUAUCAACCAUGACGGGCGACAGAGUUGCACACCCCCUUCUAGUUAGUCUUGCUAACAUACGCAUGCCCACGCGACUCAAGUCGUCUUUGAAUGCCUUUGUACUCACCGCUCUACUUCCUGUCCCAAAAUUCAUCCAUAAGAACAAACGCAUGCGAGGCAUACUUGAAGAUCGCCUCAUUCACGAAUGCUUGGAUAUCGUUCUACGUCCACUCAAGUUGGCCACUCAUGAAGGGAUCAUGCUUUCAGACCCUGUUGGGCACAGUUGCUAUUGCUUUACACUGCUCGCGAGCUAUAUUGUUGACACCCCGGAGGCCAUGAUGCUGGCCACUGUUGGCAGGAAAACUUCCCCAGUCACUACAGCCAUGUACAAACAGUUUGGAGACCCCUUUCGUCAUCAGCCUCGCACAGGAGCAACUACACUCUCCCAGCUGGACAUUGCAUGGAGUAAAGCUGAUCACAACGACAUUGAGGCAUUUUUUCGCGAAGCACAGAAGUUUCGUUUGAAUGGCAUGAAUGCACCAUUCUGGCUGGACUGGCUCCUCAGUGAUCCAUCGCAUUUUCUAACUCCCGAAUUUCUUCACCUCAUUCAUCGCAAGUUCUACGACCACGAUGCGAAGUGGCUCAUUUGCGCAGUCGGGCAUACAGAGAUUGAUUUUCGGUUUUCUGUCUUGCAGGCGAUCACCGGGUUCCGUCAUUUUCAUGGCGGAAUUUCAAAGCUUAAACAGGUUACAGGACGCACUCAACACGACAUCCAGCGCUCGAUCGUUGCAGUCAGCGCAGAUGCAGUUUCUAACACUGUGAUGACUGCCAUACGAGCUCUGAUGGACUUUCGGUACCUCGUACAAUCACCCCAUGGCAGAGUCAUUGAGAACUGGUAUAUACCGAAGCUAGAGCUCAUGCAGUCGAUAGUUCCGAGCAUAAGGAACACUGGAGUUCCUCUGCAAUGGACUGCCGACACCAUGGAGCAUGAGCACAUAACGGAAAUCAAAGAUCCUGCUCGCUCAAGCAAUAACAACAACUAUGAUCCCCAAAUAUGUCGCCAUCUUGACCGUGCUGAUAAAUGCCGCCGCUUUGACCUUGCUAUGAGUCUGCUCAACAAUAUGCCAGACUCAAAGCAGCACGGUUCAGAUGUAGAUGUCGAUGAAAAUGUUGAUUUCGAUGCAGACGACAAUCACGAUAUCCCAAUAGACCUUCUGGCAAUGAUCAAAUACCCUGGACAUUCACGUCCAAUCACGAAUUACUUCGGAAUCGCCAAGUUCCUCCAGUACAGGGAAAUCGGGACGGUCCCUAUGCCAUUGCGUUUGUUUGUUGUCGAACGCACAGGAUUUCACUUCACUUAUGACCCCUCCAUUAGAAAGAUAUCUGUUGAUGAUGCUGCCAUCAAGUUUGACCUUGCUGACUUACAACCAGCCAUUGCCGAUUUUCUUCGUUGUGAGGAUACUCAUGGGAGAGAUCAUGUCCAUACUAUUGGGGGGGCUAGAAGAGCUGGACCCGCUGCUUCACUUCCCUUUGACACGCUACAGGUCUGGUUUAAACUUCAGCUGCAGGACACCGAAUUCCAUGACAUUAGCAUCAUACGGCCUGUGCAAACCCUCAACUGUGCACCCCCUUCUGAUCCCUGGACCUCUGGCCGGUAUGAUACAGUUAUCAUUAACAACGAUGCGGGAUGCUUAUGGCCCACAAGUGGUCUUCGUGGUCAUACUAUCGGUCAAAUCAGGCUUAUCAUGUGUCCUAUUGGAAAGAGAGGCACGAAUUGGUCAUGGAAGGACCAUUUUCUGGUAUACGUGCAUCACUUUGACAUUGUUCCUCAAAGCUCCGGCACCAAUGAUCGUGAGCCAAGUACACAGCUCCACUUGCUCAAACGAGCGAAACGCUCAAAUGGUACUUGGGUGGGUGACAUCAUACCCGUGACGCAGCUUAGAUCACCUGUGAACCUUGUCCCUCGCUUCAGUGCAAGUGCGGACAACCAUCUCACCCCAUAUAACAGCAUGGAGCAUGCUUCACAAUUUUGGCUCAACAAGUAUUGGGACAAGAACAUGACCAUUAACAAUGGAAUCAAAUUAUUGUCGUUGGUGUCUAUCCCAGAAGUCACCGACGUUCACACUAUGAACAAGAUCACGUCCGACAAGCUUAAUCAUCUAGUCACUCACGAGGGUUCACCAGAGGCCUCACAACCGCUUGGACACCUACUUUCUGAAAUAUUCCAGCCUUUCACAGAACCUCUUCCCGAUGUAUGCGACCUUAAAAUACCUUUCGGAAAAAUCAUUCAUCGCAACAAUCGCAUCAAUGAGAAAUUCAGCGAGACAUCACCAGAUACCCUAGUGCCACUGUACGACACUGAAGUGAAGACUUGGAAUUGGGCUCUUCCAGUCGACCCACCUGGAGAUGAUGAUAGCAGCCUUCCGGGUCAGGUCGAGUCGUCAGAGAGCAACAAUCCACAGGAAGCAACCCACGAAGAAAUUUUUGCAGCAUUUCUCAAUGCUCUGGUUGGCUGCUUGGCGGCGUCACAGCCCAAACUAGUAGCCAUGCGCUUUGCAACUAGCUCAUGGAGUGCAGCCAAUGCACAUAAGGCAUUGCCCGGCAGUGACAUCAAGCGCAAGCCAGAUAUCGUUCUAUCUGACGACAUAUCAGCAAAGUGGGGAAACAUCAGAGUCUCAGCUGAACUCACGCACAGUCGCUACCGGCCUGCGAUGCAACUUGGGAAGGCUGCAGAUACCCAUGCCUACCUUAUGAUGAACAAAUAUCACCACCUAAGAGUCUUGAUGUAUGAUCACUCUGGUGGUGCUGUGUCCCCUCGCUUCAAUAUCUACACACAACCUGACAUAUUCUCGCAUAUCAUCGCGGCUAUUACUUUUGGGAGUCUGGAGUGUGUCGGCUAUGAUCUCACUGUUUCCUUCUCGAGGACUGUUGCAGCACCCCGAAGCAAAGAUAUCUGCGUCUAUCGUCCCAUCAAAAAUGCUUCUGCCCGACAUAUUAUGACAGAUAAUGCUGUUGCUGCAUCCACCUCCAAUUCUCUUUCAUUUCCUGAGGAUCCUGACAGAGUGUCCAGUGAUGCUCUUGAAUCGUCAAUCUCCAAUAACUCUGAUGAGUCUUCUAAUGACUCUACUCAUGACUCAACGCAAGGGAAUCCGAGCAGCUCUCCCACACAUGACUCGAUGGACGAAGGUGCUCCCCUUGUUAGCCUCGCAUCCCAAGUCCCCCAGGCUGAGAUGACCGAGAGCAUCUAUUCCAUUACCCCUCUCCCUUCCCAAUUCCCCUAUUCUACUCAAUCACCGGAACCCUGCGGCAAGAUCCACAUAGGGCAGGCAAUCUACACCAUAAAGAGAAUUCUUUUUGCGAGCCGGGGCCUCGUUGGUCGUGGCACCAUUUGCUACUUAGUCACCUUAGACGAUGAAGACUAUAUCAUCAAAGACCAUUGGGUUGUGGGUAAGGACAAUCAGGUAGUCCUGAACGAGAUCAAGAUGCUGGAGUUGAUGGAUGGUGUCCCUGGCAUUCCAAAGCUGGUAGAUUAUUGGAUCGUUGAAUGGUCAGAUGGCACGCCUGACGUUACCAAAAAAUAUCGGAAAAAGGAAUGCCGGAGCACCCAGGGCACUAGUCACACUCAUGAGUUUGUGCGAGCACUAAGAGAUAUUGUUAAGAUUCAACAAACUGCGGUGGAGGAACAUCAGAUUUUGCAUUGGGAUUGUAGUCUUAACAACGCGAUGAUCCUAGAUGACAUUAGUGGCAGCGAAGGCUUUCUUAUUGACUGGGAGUUUGCGGUUCACAUCGCUGCAGAUCAUAAAUAUCCCCUUGGUGGUACAGGCAUAGUCCAUUUCAUGUCACGCGGGCUUCUUAAUCAAGUCUCAGUCAUCCAGCAGGAAGCUGAGUUGGAAUCUCAGGAGAAAAAAGCGACUCGGGGACGCAAAUCAGUCAAAAAACCGAAAACCCUGAAAUCGUCCUCUGAUUCUAAAGUGCUACCUGUAUCAUACAUCCUUCAAACUUUUUCGGAUGACCUGGAGUCCCUUUUUUUUGUGUUCAUGUGGGUUUGCAUCAAGUUCUGUGGUCCCAACGGCAUGGUGCGCAAGGAAUGCUCGCCCAAUUCGUUACUAAAUCAAUGGACCAACCUUGACCUGGCGUCAUGCACCACCUUCAAGAUCACUUUUUUUGCGAAUCCGACAGAUGGAAAGCGUCUUAUAGACAAAUUUCACCCUUACUUCAACCCCCUGAUCCCCUUCGCAAUAGAGUGGCGUAGAGUUCUGGUGGACAACAUGAUCCACCCCAUCACCUUUGACACCAUUCUUGGUGUACUCAACUCUCAUCUCGACAAGCUUCCUGACGACAAGGAGCUCGUAUCUACUGUGAACAUGCUCAUGAAUGAUGCUGUCAUUCUCACAUGUUGUGUCAAGGGCAAACAGAUUGCUUCAGAGUCUUUCUCUGUGGCAGCCACAACACCCAAGCGGCAAAAGUCUCGCCAUGGUGAUACCGAGUCCGACUCCUCAGCAUCAGGCAGUGACACAUGA